AUGAAUAGGAAUUUAUUCUUUUUUAUAAAAUAUUUCGUAUUAAUUUUUUUUUUCAAUUAUUGUAGAGGUAUAAAAAAAAAAAAAUAUAAUAAUGUAUUUUUAUAUAUAUCAUUAAAAUCUUAUAUUAAAGACAUAAAAGUUUUAAUCAGAAAAAAGAGAGCAAAUAAAAAUAGUGAAGUAAAAGAUAAGUUUUUUUUAAGUUAUAAAAAUAUUGAAGAGAAAAAAAAUGAGCAAAAGAAUAUUUUAGAAGAUAUUUCAAAAAAUGAAGUUAUGAAAAAUGAUUAUUUAAAAGAUGGAAAUUUAAGAAAUGAAUAUCUGAAUAAACUAUUGAGCAAUAGAGAGACAAUAUAUGCACUUAGCUCGGGAAAUGUAUUAAGUGCAAUUAGUAUAAUAAGAAUAUCAGGUGAAUUAAGUAAAAUUAUUUUAGAAAUUUUGUUACAUAAAAAUUCCAAAAAAAAUUUAAUUAAUUUUAUGAAAAAUGUAGAAAACAAAAGUAAUGAUGGACAUUCGGAGUUUAAAAGAAUGAAAAAAAAAAAUGAAUAUAAUUUAGAUGAAAUCAUUAACCUAAAGAAAAAUUUUGAAACAAGAAAAUUAUAUAUGGGAGAAUUAUAUGAUAACGAUAAUAAUGUGAUUGAUAAAAUUAUGUUUGCUUAUUUUGAAAAUCCGAAAUCAUAUACAGGUGAAGAUAUUGUAGAGAUAUACUGUCAUGGAAAUCCUUUUAUAAUAAAAGAAAUUAUGAAUGAAAUAAGUAAUUUAAAUGAAUUAUUUUAUAAAAUAUUAAAAGAAGAAAAAGAAAAUUAUUAUAAUAAUGCUUCCAAUUAUAUUAACACAAGUGAUGAGAUAAAGGAAAAGUUACAUGAUUUAAAUGAUUUCAUAAAAAUAAGAGAAAGUAAAAAAGGAGAAUUUACUAGAAGGGCUUUUGAAAAUAAUAAAAUGAAUAUGUUAGAAGUAGAGGGAUUAAAAGAAUUAUUAUUUUGUAAACAAAAGAUACAAAAAAAAAUAGCCUUAAACUAUUUGAGCGGUUAUGCUAAAAAUAUAUAUAUGAAAUUAAAAAAAAAUUUAAAAAAGUUAUUAGUAUUUACUCAAUUUAAAAUUGAUUUUGAAGAUGAACAUACUUCAACAGAAAGAGAAAGAAGUAACAUUAAUAAUUUUUUUAACAAAAAAUUAAAUGACUCUAUAAAAAAUAUAAAGGAAAUUUUAAAAAAAGAAAAUGUAGAAGAUUUAUCUAAUUCAUUAGAUGUAUUAAUAUUCGGAAACGUUAAUUCUGGUAAAAGUACAUUAAUGAAUUAUAUUUGUAAUGAUAAUAUAUCAAUUGUUACUAAUAUAAAAGGUUCAACGAUAGAUGUAAUACAAAAAAAUAUUAAAAUUCAAAACAACUCUUAUAAUUUAUGUGAUUCAGCAGGUAUGAUUAGUAAUAUUAUGAAAAAAUCCUGUUAUUCAAAAAAUGAUAUAACGACAAGUUAUGAAUUCUUUCUAGAAAAAAAAGAAGGACAAAAAAAUAUUCAUAAAAAGUUAGAAUUUAUUGGAAUUCAAAAAACUUUAACAUAUUUAAAAAAAUGUUUAUCUGUGAUUACUUUAUUAAAUAUAAAUCAUUAUGUAAAAGAACUAAAAAAUAUUAUCUUUAUUUUAAAUAAAUAUUUUAAUAAAACAAAAAAAAAAAAAAAAAAAAAAAUUCCAUAUUUUUUUAUUUGUGUAAAUAAAUGCGAUUUAAAAUUGUCAAAAUCAUAUAAAAAUAUAAGAAAAAAUAUAAAAAAAAUACUACUUAAAUAUUUAGAUUUACGUGUUUUAAAAAAAGUUAGUAAAAAAAUAUUUUUUAUUUCAUCUAAGAAGGGAUAUAACAUUGAUAAAAUGUUAAAAUAUUUUAAUAAAAGAAUGAUGAAAAAAAGAAAUAUCAAAUAUUCAAAAAAGGAAAAAAUUUUCUUUUUACCAUUUGAAAGACAUAAAAUUUAUCUAAAAAAAUCACUGAAGCAUUUAUUUUUUAUAAAAAAAAAUAAACAAAACUUAACUUUUGAUAUAAUAGCUGAAGAAAUCAAAUUAGCUGUUAAUUCUCUAAAUCAUAUCAUUGGAGAAUUUAAAAAGGAGCAAAUUUUAAAUAAAAUAUUAGAGAAAUUUUGCAUUGGUAAAUGA